CGUCGCCUCUAGCGAUUGCUCCUGCCUGUUGCCAAGGCCGGACGGUGCAGGCUGGAUGGCGGAGCGCGGCGGCGCCUCACCCGCGGGGGGCUCCGGCCGGACCUGGUGCCUCAGGCGAGUGGGGAUGAGCGGCCAGUGGCUCCUGCUGGAGAGCGGCAGCGAGGUAACUAUAGGCCGAGGAUUUGGUCUCACCUACCAGCUGAUCUCAAAAACCUGCCCACUUAUGAUCUCUCGUUACCACUGUGUUUUCAAGCAGAAUGCACAAGGCCAGUGGACAGUUACAGACAACAAGAGUCUAAAUGGUGUUUGGUUGAAUAAGGAACGUCUUGAUCCAUUAAAGGCCUAUCCAAUAGGUGAAAGAGACCAUAUUCAACUAGGAGUGCCUUUGGAUAACAAAGAGACUGCUGAAUAUGAAUAUGAAGUGAUUAAGGAAGAAUGGGAGAAAGUUAGUCCAUUUUUAGCCCCGAGGAAUGACCAACUGAUGGGGAAACCUAAGGGUGCAAGAAUUAAACGUAAACUUAGUUUGGAGGAAUCAGAGGCAUCUGGAGCAGAAGGCCCUUCGAAUUCCAGAUCUAAAAGGGACAGAGUGUCCUGCGAUAGUGAACCUUUGGGUAGAUCAUGUGGGAGGGCAGAACUGGCCAAACAGCCAACAGAAAACAUGGAUGUCAAGCUGCCUUCUCCUGGACCAAGCAUGGAGGAGGAUAAAGCUACAGUGUAUUGUAAUCCUAUGAAUUCUGAGAAAGCUACAUCUCUUAGCCAUAAGGACCAGAAAGCCUCUAGUCUGGCACAGUCUUGGACUGGUUUGGAAAUGCUGAGGCAAACCCUGGGAAAUAUAAUGAAGCUGAAAGUCAAGGUGGAGGAGAAGCAGACAGCUGUUUUGAGAGUGAAGAAGAGCAGAAAGUCUGGCCAAAAAGAGCUCAGAGUGAUGGAGCAGGAGCUGCGGGAAUUGCAGGACCAGUUGUGCACUGAACAGGAACAUCAGCAGCAGAGAGUGGAACAGCUGGAGAGGACAUUCUAUGAUGAGCAGCAGCAGCUUCUGGAGGGAGUGAAGAAGCAGCAAGGGGAAGAGAAUUUAAAGGAGCAACUGGCCCAGAUUCUGCAGGAGCAUCGUGCCCUGAUGGAUGAGCUGAGCCGUAGCAAGAAGGAUUUUGAAGAGAUCAUUCAAGCUAAGAAUAAGGAGUUGGAAGAGACUAAGGAGGAGAAGGAGAAGGCAAGAGCGCAAAAGGAGGAGGUUUUGAGUCAGAUGAAUGAUGUACUGGAGAAUGAGCUGCAGUGCACAAUCUGCUCUGAGCACUUUAUUGAGGCUGUCACUCUGAACUGUGCACACAGCUUCUGCUCCUACUGCAUCAAUGAAUGGAUGAAACGUAAAGUGGAGUGUCCCAUCUGCAGGCGGGAGAUACAAUCCAAGACGCGCUCCCUGGUACUGGACAACUGUAUUGACAGGAUGGUAGAAAACUUGAACUUGGAGAUGAAGGAGCACCGCCUGGCUCUCAUCCGAGAGCGCAAAGAUCCUCCUUGGUGAAACAGAAUGACAUCACUAAACAUUGUCAGUGCUAACCUGAAAAAACUCACCUUUAGCCAGAUCAGUCUGAUUCCCUCAGAAAAUGCUGUACUGCUCAGAGGCUUUCCAGCACUGCUUCAUGGAUUGGUUUCAUCUCUGCAGAACUGACUCUGCUCAGGUGUAAUAUAUGCACAUCUUUGGAGUACACCAAAGCAGCAUUGAAGUGUCUUGUCAUGGAGUUAAUGUGACCGGAUGAAAUGGUGUCUUUAUGGGAAUCCACUUCAUUCUCACAUACAGGAAAUCAGUGGUUCUCAAACAUUUUAUCCUCUCAGGAUUUUAUCCACCUUCAUGUGAGCCCAUACACUGUUUAACCAUCAAUAGAAUACAAGGCAAAGAAAGCUUUAUAAUAGCCUUUAUUUUGACACAUUUCAGUGAGAUGGAUGAGCUUGUUUCUAUGCAGUGGUGGAAAGGUUGGCUGAAACUGGAAUGAGCUCCAGUUAUACAUGGAUUCUAGAAGGGAACUGGCUGGGAGACAGGCUCAGCAGGGAAUGGUUAGUUAUAUUCCAAUAGCACCUAAGAACUCCAGUCAAAUAUUAGGGCCUCUGCAAAUAGUAACAGCAGACAAUCACUGCCCCAGCAGGCUCUUAGUUUCCAGAGGCUUGAAUGGAGCCCUUGUCUUCCAAAAUGUUUUGCUCCUUGAUGCCCCUCUUUGACUUUGUUCAUUUUUCACCCUUCCUACUGAUAAGGCUUUGAGGUAACCAGCUGCUGCAAUCUCCUCUGGUGACUCCACAUUGAUUGGUACCAACAAGGGAGCAUUUGGUUGGGUGCCGACAGGGAGAGCAUUAACAAGAGGUGAAGAGAAUGUCUCCUUGCCCUCAGUGCUAUUCCUGCAGCCCUGUUGGAACUGGAAUAAGCAUACAAGAAAUCAAAGAAAAUCCCAUUCAUGUUGUUUUUUCAAGAUUAUAAACACAAAAGACAAGCCCCAUGCAGAUGGUCUCUAGACCUACAGCUUGAAAAACUUGCUGUAAAGCGUACAGUGUGGCAGUAA